CUCUCUCUCUCUCUCUCUCUCUCUCUCUCUCUGUAUCCCAAGUUAAAAAACAAAAACAAAAACAAAACUUGACCCGCCGUCAUUCUUUGAUCUCAAAACACCCCGCUGUGUCGGUUUAAGAAACCCUAAUCUCUGCAAAUUCCUCCUUUAGACGCCAUUUCACAGGGUUCCGGACCCUUGGUCUCUUGCAAAUUCUUCUCUUUAAAGCGAUUUCUAAGCGUUUUUGGAACCAUAGGGCUAUGCAAAUACUUGUUUUAUAUGGGCGUUUGAGUCUUUUAUGGACGUAAAUGUUUGUCUGAAAGGGCCUACCUGUACGUUUUAAUGGUGGAGAAAUGCAGUCAGCUCCGAUCCGUGUGCCCUAUAGGCAUUUGAAUGCGUCAGAGCUUGAGUUGGUCGAAUUAGAUGGAAGUUCCGGUCAGUCUGAAUCAGAUAUCCCGCAUGAGAAGGAGACUUCUGGGGAAAAUUCUGGUAGCUUAAGGACUCUGAUACUGAGUUCUACCAUUGCGGCUGGUGUUCAAUUUGGAUGGGCUUUGCAACUUUCUCUUUUGACGCCUUAUAUACAGACUCUUGGAAUUGGGCAUGCAUUUUCUUCAUUCAUUUGGCUUUGUGGCCCAAUUACAGGCCUUGUGGUUCAGCCAUGUGUUGGUAUAUGGAGUGAUAAAUGCCAUUCAAAAUAUGGAAGAAGGCGGCCGUUUAUUUUUGUUGGGUCUCUCAUGAUUUGUAUAUCAGUUAUGAUUAUUGGAUUCUCUGCCGACAUUGGAUAUCUUUUAGGGGAUGCGAAGGAGCAUUGCAGUACCUAUAAAGGUACUCGUGCAUGGGCAGCAUUCGUCUUUGUUAUCGGCUUUUGGAUGCUGGAUCUUGCUAAUAACACAGUACAAGGUCCUGCCCGUGCACUAUUAGCCGAUCUCUCAGGUCCUGACCAGCGAAAUGCAGCAAAUGCGGUAUUCUGUUCUUGGAUGGCACUUGGGAAUAUCUUGGGGUUUUCUGCUGGUGCUAGUGGACAUUGGCACAGGUGGUUCCCGUUCUUGACCACACAAGCUUGCUGUGCAGCCUGUGGAAAUUUGAAAGCAGCUUUCCUCAUAGCUGUGCUCUUUCUCGGUUUCUGUACUCUUGUGACCCUCUAUUUUGCUCGAGAGGUUCCACUAGCCCCAGGGCAAGUGCAUAACCUGUCUGAUUCUGCUCCUUUAUUAGAUGGCACCGAUGACCAUGGGCAAAGACAUCUCAAUAUGGCAUCUGAGAAAUCAGUUGGCAAUCUUGCAUCUGGUCAUGCUAAAACUAAUGCUGAUACUUCAACGUAUGUCGGCCAUAAAAACAAAGAGGAUGAGGAGGGGAUAUAUAAUGAUGGACCUGGAGCAGUCUUGGUCAAUCUUUUAACAAGCAUGAGACAUCUACCUCCAGCUAUGCACUCUGUGCUCGUAGUCAUGGCUCUUAGUUGGUUGUCAUGGUUUCCAUUCUUUCUCUUUGACACUGAUUGGAUGGGUCGUGAAGUUUACCAUGGAGAUCCAAAAGGAGAUGUGUCAAAGGUAGCGGCUUAUGACAGAGGAGUCAGAGAAGGUGCAUUUGGUUUGCUAUUGAAUUCAGUUGUUCUUGGGAUCAGCUCUUUCCUUAUCGAUCCAAUGUGUCAAUGGAUUGGUUCUGGUUCAGUAUGGGCAAUGAGCAAUUUCAUUGUAUUUGUAUGCAUGGCAUGCACUGCAAUCAUUAGUGUGUUUUCCAUCAGGGAACAUGCUCAAGGAAUCCAGCAUGUCAUUGGAAAGAGUAGUGCAGUUAAAGUUGCUUCGUUGGUUAUAUUUGCUCUUCUUGGAUUUCCCCUUGCUAUUACAUAUAGUGUUCCAUUCUCUGUGACGGCAGAGUUGACUGCUAACAGUGGAGGUGGUCAAGGACUGGCUAUAGGUGUUCUAAAUCUUGCUAUUGUGGUACCCCAGAUGAUAGUUGCACUGGGGGCUGGUCCAUGGGAUGCCCUUUUCGGUGGGGGUAAUGUACCUGCAUUCGUUCUUGCUUCUCUCUUCGCACUUGCAGCUGGUAUCAUAGCAACAAUUAAGUUGCCAAGGCAAUCUCCUCAUUCUUAUAAACCUACUACAUUCCAUGGUUUUGGUUGAAAAAAAUGCCCCUUCUGAAAGAGCAAAUGCAUGUACAAUUGAGUUGCGAAAUUAUGGAGGCGUUCAUCUUCAUACAGUUCAAUUCUUUUAUGGUUCCUUUUGUAAGGCAAGGGUGGCACUAUAGGGAAUUUUGCCACCCACCAUGAGGCUAUAUAGGGAAUAUCAUACGAGUUUAAUAUGUGUAAUGUCAUUUCUCUCUCUCUCUCUCUCUCUCUCUCUCUCUCAUCUUUGUUAAUGGUGGAGUCGGGGCUGUAUUGAUGGGAGUUUCUUUGGGAAUGUUUUGACCACAAAUUAUUCUAUAGCCAAUCGUCACAGUAAGCUUUUCUAAUUUCUUUC